AUGAGUAUGGACGCUGGCGGUCUUGCUCAAAUGACCUACAACAACUCCUUCAAUGAUGGCAGCUCCCUCGGGGUCCCUGGCUCCGGCUUCGCGUCCCGUGGGAAGGGCUCUCACAUCAAACGCCUAAGUGUGCCUCCACAGGUCGCAACCAUCGACGAGUCUCAGGCAUCCGCCUCGAUCUCAACUCCGCGUACCAGUCGAUCGCAUCUUCUAGCUGGUCUCCGAACAGCUCCCAAAUCUGCUACUAUCCCUUCUCAGCAGCAGCGUUAUGCUAUGGAGAGUGGUCGGACACCUGCCAACCGAGGUGCCGAUCGCGUCCCUCAGACUGCCACGGGAGCUGGAUUCCCGCAGCACGCGUUCUCUUCGAAUAACGGCAUGAACGCCUAUCAACUUCAGCAGCAGCAGCAGCACAUCCAGCGCCAAAUCCGCGAACGGGAACGGGAAUGGGAACUUGAACGAGAGCGGGAACGGGAACGCUUGAUGUACACAAUGCCGGAGCAAGUGCUUGCGCCACCAAUGAUUGAUAUCGGUGGGGGCGAGUUGAUGGACGAAAAUCUCUACGCAGAGCUCAUGUCCACCAAUCUAUUCCUUGCCGCACAACAACAGCGCCUUCAGCAGCAGCUCAUCAGCGUUACCGCGGCAGCCCAGCAGUUUCAGGGCCUUAACUUGGGGAUGUCCCAUCAACAACAGCAGAUGCAGUCGCUUAUGCCCGGCAUUGGGUACUACCAGCAACAGCUCCAGCAGGGUAUGCAGCCAAUUGUGCAACCUGUUCCCAGUCAGCCUGGCCUGUUUUCUGUUUACAACCCUAUGACUGGCCAGCAGAGCUACAUAAUGGACAACAGCGCUCAGGAAGACCAUUUGGCAUACCAUGGAAACCAGUCAGACACGCAAGUUCCUCAAUUUCGUGCGGAGAUCUCCCCACCUGCCGACUCCACCCCGUCGCAGAUGUAUUCCCCUCAGCCAGUCUCUCCUCCCAGUGGUACUCCUUCCCCGCCCAUUGAGUCUUCUGCCAGUGCUUUCCGUCGCAACCACCGGAAGUCUCCAUCAUUCAACCCUACGCUGAAGACAACUAUCGAUACGAACAAGGCCAAUGCUGGUGCUGGUACUGGCGCUCGAUCGGCUGUUUUCCCUCCUACCCCAGCCACUGGAACCUUUGGGCCCGGUCAGGGUCGUGCUGGUGAGCAUCCGAUCCGCCAGCCUCGUGGCCCUCCCUCGCUUGAGGAUCUCGUGGCCAAGCCCACUUCUCAGCACGAAGGAAGUAAAAACUUUGCUACCCGCCAGCGCCGCCGUGCUGUUCACAACCUCGUUCGCGCUGGGAUUGAGCGCCGUGGGGAUACGCGCAGCUAUGGGUACAACAGCAGUGGGGGCACCAACACUCCGGCAAGUGAGAAGGAGUUUACCUUUUCAGAUGGCGAUGACGCCACCGUACGCAGCGGUAGCCUUUCCAGUAAGCCCAGCUUGGGCAGCCUGCGCGCCGCUGCCAACGGUGCAAUCGGCUCUGAGCGCAAGGAAAAGACCAGCCGGAGGUCUCCGGAGAGUCCUUUCCUUAAUGUCACGCCUACAAGCGAAGAUGGAUACUUCUCUGCCAAGUUUGCAGAGGCUCGCGCGGAGCAGGAUUAUUCGCCAACGAGCACUUCGGGCACUUCGUCUCCAUCCGUGGCAUCUGUGGUCGCGGGUCAAGGGCAAGCCACUCAAGCACCGGAGCGUCGCAAGACGCCAAUGCUUGUGUUGUCGAGCGCUGAGAAGCGUAAGACCCCUCUCAUGUAA